UCAAUAUUUCUGUCAAGCCGAGCCCUUCGUUAUCGCCGAACUCGCUGAUUGUUGUGAUUUAUAAAAGACUGAUAUUUGAGUCACCAUCAGUUACCUCAGAGCCGUUUAUUGCUACUAACUAAAAAUUAUAUACAAAUAAGAAACAAUGUCAGUACCAACGGUAACCAUUGACGAACUCAGCAAGGGAAUCGAGGAUUACGCGUCGAACAGAAGCGUGAAAAAUGUUCUCGAAGGAAUAUUAAACGAUUAUAUGGACUUGCAAUAUGCAAAAGAAACUCCCUACACUACGGGAAAACAAGUAAUACCCUCAGGUUCAUCUGUUGAGGACGUUGAAAAUGGAAUUCAGAGCGUCGAUGGAAAAUUUAAGGAGAUUUUCGAGAAGAUAUCCAGCACUCACAAAAGUGGAGAUUUCAGCCCACAGUCUGUUAACGAUGGAUCUUGGGAGGCCAAUCUGAAACCCGUCUUCGUGUUCGUCACGCCUAAUCCUUAGUUUAACUUUUUAAUUAUUAUGUUCAUAAUACGUAUUAAUUUGAAAUAAAUUUAAAUUUUAUAUAAUUAA